AUGUCCGAGGAACACAUGAACUCCAACUCAAGCGGGUACUAUUUUGACAAUUCAUCAACAAGGAUCCAGAGCAGCUUCGCGUUCUCAGGACCAGUUUUUGUCAUUCUGAUGGUCAUGAUGGUGACUUUGGUCGUGGUGAUAGUUCUGGGAAACGCACUUGUCAUUUUGGCUUUUAAGGUUGACAAGAGUUUGAGGAGACAAUGCAAUUACUACUUCCUGAAUUUGGCUAUCUCAGAUUUCCUUGUAGGGGCAUUCUGCAUCCCCGUCUAUAUCCCCUACAUCCUGACAGGCAGGUGGACGUUGGGUCGAGGGCUGUGUAAGCUCUGGCUGGUUACAGACUAUCUGCUCUGCUCAGCAUCAGUCUUCAGCAUUGUGCUCAUCAGCUAUGACCGUUUCCUUUCUGUCACCAGAGCGGUAAGUUACAGAGCCAGACAGAGCUUGACUCAUCAAGCCAUAUUCAAGAUGAUUGCUGUCUGGGUGCUGGCCUUUGUCCUGUAUGGGCCAGCUAUCAUAUUCUGGGAGCUGGUGGUCGGCAGAAGCCGCGUGCCCAAGGAUGAGUGCUUCGCAGAGUUCUAUUAUUCUUGGUACUUUCUGCUGAGUGCUUCUAUGUUGGAGUUUUUCUCUCCUUUCAUCUCUGUUGCUUUCUUCAACCUCAGCAUUUACCUCAGUAUACGUAGGAGGAGGCGCCUCCAUAGGGAGCAUCAGCUUCACCAUCAGCUUCAGGCAAGGGAACCUCCCGCUGCCCAGGGGGAAGGAAUCCCUGUGUCCCACAACUGGGGAUUUGGGAUAAAACUGCCUGGAAGAGGCUCCAUCCACUCUCAGACCUCCUCCCCUUGUUUGGGUAAACAGGAUCCCUUGGCCAGCAGGGCUGCCCAGCCUAGCCGUCUGUCCAGGGAUAAGAAAAUUGCUAAGUCCCUGGCCAUCAUAGUAUGCGUGUUUGCCAUCUGCUGGGCUCCAUACACCCUACUGAUGAUCAUCCGUGCUGCCUGCAGAGGGCGAUGCAUCCAGCAUCACUGGUAUGAGGUCACCUUCUGGCUCCUGUGGCUUAACUCAGCUAUUAACCCAUUCCUGUACCCUCUGUGCCACAGUAGCUUCCGCAGGGCCUUCAGCAAGAUUCUCUGCCCAAAACGGUACACAACUCCACCUUCUUCUGUCCUGCGCCCUGGCUAGACAGAAUAAGACACCAUUGAACAAUGUGCCAACUCAACUGAUCGAAAGCAGCUUAAACUGA